AUGCACGGGUAUACUCUUCAAGGUUUUAUGGACGCUGUUGUUGGGGCGCCUAAUCCUAACAAGGCAGUCCGUAUGGCGGCUGUGAUGUGGGUCAUCUGGUCUGAGCGCAAUGACCGCAUCUGGCGAGACUUGUCGAGGGGAGGCGACCAGCUGAAGAACCAGAUCACGAAUUUACAAAUCAAGUGGCAAAGGACCUUCAAGUCAAUGGUUCCAGGUGGGCAAGUGCGUGUUAAUCCGGUGAAUUGGGAGCCACCGAAGAGAAACUGGUUGAAGUGUAACGUGGACGCGACAGUGUUGGCUUCGGGAGUAGCCUUUGGGGCAGCCGUGAGGGAUCACAACGGCGUUUUCGUGGCAACCAAAAACGGUCGCCUUAAUUGUGAUUGUGACCCUUUCACGGCGGAGGCAACGGUAGUCAAAGAAUCACUCCAAUGGCUACGAAGUCUUGGCCGGAAUGAUUUAAUAAUUGAAAUUGAUUGUCUAAAUUUCUGUAAGGCUUUUAAUUCCAGUUCUUUUCUUUAUUCGUAUGUUGAUUUGAUUGUUAAGCAAUGCAAUUCGGUUGCUAGUGACAUAGGGAAUGUGUUCGUUCGCCAUGUCAAGAGAUCAGCUAAUCAAGUGGCUCAUGUGUUAGCAUGGGCAACUGAUUUUACGUCUGGCUCUAGCUCGUGGACUGAGGUCCCGCCUUUUUGUAUCUCUGCUAUGUUGAUUCAUUAA